GAAACAAGUUGUCGACGUUAAUAUCGCAGUGCUAACACGGCUUGAAACGAGAAGGAAAGGCGAAGCGUCCCGUCAAAAGUCGCCCCUUUGGUACUUCCUCCUCCGCCUGCGGCCUGCGUCAACGGUGGAGGCUUCCCCGGUUGCUUGCUGAUCUCUUCGUUGGCUUGCGCGAGCCGAUCGAGUUCCAAUCUGUAUGCGCUGAGUCCCCCCGCUGCAGCGGCAGGGGGUUUUCGAUCCAGGUGGUCGCCGACUCAGAAUCCUUCCCCGCUCUUCUUUCUGUGAUUGGAAAUUUGUCGCCAGAAAGGGCUUGCCUACUGCGACGUUUAAUUUCUGCUAGAAAAGAGCGCUUUCGGAUUUGCAAAGAGAUUGGGUUAUUUCUUGGCUGUCUGGAUCGAUUGCUUCAUUGCUGUUUCAUUAUUCGACGUGCUUGUUUCCUCCUGGGAGAUUGAAUUCGUACCGGAGGAAACCAUGAGAUAUUGAAUUGAAGAUUCCCUUUGUAACGGAGGUUGUUUGGCAUGGCUGAAGAGGAUUUGAUUGAGAUCAAGUUUAGGCUAUUUGAUGGCACCGACAUAGGGCCAAUCAAGUAUAAACCAUCCACUACUGUGCAAUCUCUGAAAGAAUUCGUAAUCUCCCGAUGGCCCCAAGACAAAGACAUUGCUCCAAGAACAAUAAAUGAUGUCAAGCUCAUAAAUGCUGGUAAAAUAUUGGACAACCACCAGACAAUUGCUGAGUCCAGGGUACCAGUUGGUGAGCUUCCUAGUGGUCUCAUCACUAUGCAUGUUGUAGUUCGACCUCCCGUAUCAGGCAAAAAUGAUGAGAAACAACUUGCAGAGUCCCGAAAACAAAACAGGUGUGGUUGCACAAUCCUCUGACAACACAAAUUGCCGGUUCAUUUUGAUCUUUAAAGAUCUGGAACCGCUACAUGAUAAGUGAAUUUCAAGCCAGCUCUGUCUCCUGCAUGCGUACUGAGAUGCAAAAUGCAAGAUUUGUGGUUCUACGACUUGGUGUCAAAACUGCUAUUUGUUGCUUCUUUACCAAAUCCAUAGAGAUUCAUUUACAAAUUCGUUCCUCAAUGCAACAGAAUGUAAUUCUAUUUGUUACUACUUC